AGACUCCAAAACCCCCUUCUAAACCCUCAUCGAGUGCAACUCCACUGAGAGAAGAGGGGCAAAAAUGUCAAAGAAAAUGGCAGACGCAGAGCUUCUGAGCAGCCUAGACGACUUCACGAGCCGCGAGAACUGGGAGAAGUUCUUCACCGUCCGUGGCGGAGGGGACCAACCAUUCGAGUGGUACGUCGAGUGGCCCAGCCUCCGUGACCCGCUCCUCUCCGUGCUCCACACCCUCGACGCCGACUCGUUACAGAUCCUCGUGCCGGGCUGCGGCAAUUCCCAGAUUUCGGAGUUCCUCUACGACGCCGGCUUCCGCCACGUCACCAACAUCGACUUCUCGAAGGUCGUCGUAUCCGACAUGCUCCGCCGGCACGUGAGGGAGCGGCCCGAGAUGAAGUGGCGCGUCAUGGACAUGACCGAUAUGCAGUUUGCAGAUGGGUACUUUGAUGUUGUUCUUGAUAAAGGGGGUUUGGAUGCUUUGAUGGAACCAAAACAUGGUCAGAAGCUGGGGAGUAAAUAUCUUUCAGAGGUUAAGAGAGUCUUGAGAUCAGGGGGGAAAUACAUUUGUCUCACCCUGGCUGAGUCUCAUGUUUUAGGGUUGCUUUUCUCAAAGUUCAGAUUUGGAUGGAAAAUUAAUCUCCAUGCUAUACCACACAAACUGAGCAACAAUCCCAGCUUCCAAACCUUUAUGGUGGUUGUUACAAAAGAGAGUUCUUGCAUUUUGAAUCCAAUUGUGUUGUCAUUUGAGCAAUCCUCCCUUGAUAGUAACGAAACUCAGGCCCGUGGUUUAUUGCAAGUACUUGAAAUUGAGAACAAGAUACGGAAUGAAUGCUCCUCUGGUGUUGAUAUCCUGUACUCUUUUGAAGAUCUGCAACUCGGAAUUAAGGGAGAUUUGAAGGAGCUCAGCCCAGGUCGCAGGAUUCAGCUUACGUUGGGUGAACAAGGGGAUUCCCUUUUCAGCUACAAAGCUGUACUUUUGGAUUCUCCGCAACAGUCUUAUCCAUUUGCAUAUCAUUGUGGAGUCUUUCUUGUGCCUAAGACUCGAGCUCAUGAAUGGCUCUUCUCUUCAGAAGAAGGACAAUGGGCAGUAGUGGAAAGUUCAAAAGCAGCCCGGUUAAUUAUGGUUUUCUUAGAUGCACGACACACCCAUGCCAGCAUGGAUGAUAUCCAGAAGGAUCUGUCUCCACUUGUUAAAAAUUUGGCACCUGGAAAACCUGAUAGUGGAGCUCAAUUCCCGUUCAUGAUGGCGAAUGAUGGGGUCAAGCAGCGGAAUAUCAUCCAGCAGAUUACGUCUACUAUGACUGGACCAAUAAUUGUUGAAGAUGUGAUCUAUGAAAAUGGUGAUAGUGAUGGCAGUGGUCCUAUUCCAUUGAAAGAUUUGGUGUUCCGUCGCCUUACUUUUGAGAGAAGCUUGGGUUUGGUGCAAUCAGAGGCAUUGCUAGUUCGACAAGAAUGUACUGAAAAGAGUCCUGGUGAAAUGGCGUGGAAGAAAACCAUCUCUUCCAAAUCUAGAAAAAAGGGAAGCCGGAGAAAAAGCGAUUCUCGCACAUCAUCAAUUGAUGAAUCGAGAGAAAAUCAGAAGGUUGAUCACAACUACCUUGCCAGUGCUUAUCACAGUGGGAUCAUUUCUGGGUUUACGUUGGUAGCUUCUAAGCUGGAAAAUUUGGCAUCAUCUGGAAGAACAGUUAAAACAGUUGUAAUUGGUCUUGGGGCUGGACUUCUUCCUAUGUUUCUCCGGAGAUGCAUGCCGUUUUCGUACAUCGAGGUGGUGGAGCUGGAUCCUAUGAUUUUAGAUCUAGCAAAGGACCAUUUUGGCUUUAUAGAGGAUGAGAAGCUGAAGGUGCACAUUGCUGAUGGAAUCCGCUUUGUUAGAAAUGCGGCAAACGAUUCAACAGCUUCUAAAAUUACAGCUAACGAUCAAAAUGAUGAUUACAGUUCCUGCAAAGGAAACUUGCCAUUUCCCAAUGGAAGUGGUGCCAACUCUCUCACUGAAGGCGAGAAGAGCACCCAAUUUGAUAUACUCAUUAUCGAUGCGGAUUCAUCCGAUGUGAGUUCUGGAUUGACAUGUCCUCCGGCAGAUUUCAUGGAAGAAUCUUUUCUUUUGUGCGUAAAGGAAUCCCUUUCCAAAGAAGGUCUCUUUGUCAUUAAUCUGGUUUCUAGGUCCCCCGCCAUCAGGGAGACAGUUGUUUCAAGAAUGCAGACGGUCUUUAGCCGCCUCUUCUGCCUUGAGCUUGAGGGAGAAGUCAAUGAGGUUUUGUUUGCUCUUCCUAUGGAGGUGUGUAUUGGUGAGGAUGGUCUCUCUGAAGCGGCUGUUCAACUUGAGAAGCUGUUGAAUUUUGCCCACAAUGAGAGAGGUCCCAACAUCCUAGAGACUGCAAAGAAGAUCAAUUGUCUGAAGUAGGAGAUGGCCCACCUCAUCAAGUUUCUUAGGUCAAAUGGAUCCGGUGAGCCUUUUUGAUACCGAAUUCAAUUAAUGUUGUUAUUAUAUAGAACUUAUCAGAUGGGUUAUCAAGUCA